AUGACUGAUCAAUGUGAUAUCAAGAAACUGGAGAAAGUGUGGAGGCUCGCAAAGAAACUGUUCUCUAAGGUAAGGAUCAUCGUCCCCAGACGUGAUCUCAGACUAGACCUAGUAUACGACCUGGUUAAUCAGACUGUUGGUGUUCACAUGUAUUAUGUAGGUACCACAGCUCUGUUACUCAGGAAUGGUAUUGAUCAUCUUGUCAAGUUCCCUCAUGAAAAGAAAAGAUCAGAAAUUAAGUUUCUUCUUGUCACAGUUUCACUCCUAGAGGUUUACGACCUGACCAAAAGUGUGAGUGCGGAAGUUGUGAUCCGCAUCCCAGCUGAGAGAGUGCGUGACCAGGACGGUUACUACCGGCUUGACUACUGGCCUCCCCAGGGCAACCCUCUGCCCAACUCCACCUUCACGCCCACACAGGUAUCCGAGGGCAUCCAGCUGACCAGAGCACUCCCGGGCACCAAGUACGACUUUCAACUUUACUACACCAACGCCACCAUCAACGACUACCCCACCUGGACCGCCUCCAUCACUACAGUGCCGUCGCCACCAAGCAACCUGAGCAUCCAGGUGAGGGGAGGUAAGAAUGCCUUAGUCAGCUGGGAUCCUCCUGUUAUCGGUGGCUACUCUGGCUUCAAGCUCAAGGUCAUCCCACUCUCCGAGCCCCAGAACAGCAACCGCAACGUAGGCAUCUCUGAGGCGCAGCUGCCCUUCAACCUACGGGAACUCACCCCCGGCGCCUCCUACGAGCUCCAGCUCUACACCGUGUACGAGUAUAAGGAAAGCGCCGCCUACAUAUCUUCCAAUUUCACCACCCGUAAGUCUUCCACCAGUUCUCUCCUCUCAUUUAUGCUAUAA